GGCAGGUUUUUUUGCGGAGGCUCGGGGCAAAAUUCCAGAGGAGGUCCGCCACCCUUCUCUCUCCCCUCCCUCCUCUCUCUGGGGGCUUUCUGGGCAGGUGGGUGGAGAGAGAUGGGUGGAGAGAGGCGGGGCUACAACGCUCGCUCUGGCUCCAGGAACACAGCUCGCUCGCUCGCAACUUCUGCGGCCGUCUGCAACGAACGCUCUUCCUUCCAUUCGAUGUUUCGAAAGCCGUCGGAGCGAUGCACCGCUAAAUCAUCUCGAUCGAAAACGCAUUUCUUUACAACUGAUUGUUUUGUUUAGUUUCCUCCCCCCACCCACCCCCCACACGAUCCCCUUCACCACCUCCGAUCGGCACGGUUGGCCACGUACGUUGCGAAAGAAGUUCAACACAAACACACGCGCGCGCACGCACGCGCGCAGCGGCGACCGGCGUUUUGGCAUUAACGCACGGAACCCCCGGGUGGACCCCCGGUGGGCCCCCCCCCCCCCCCGCACGAUGGACGGUGUCCCUGCGACCCCGCUGCACCAGCAGACGCCUCUGCGGGAGAGUCCGCGCCUCUCGGCCGUGGCCGGAGUGGACGUGCUGCUCAAGCUGGAGAACGCGCAGCCCGGCGGCGGUUCAUUCAAGAUCCGCGGCGUGGGGCUGCUCUGCCAGAGGGCCUCGGCGCUCUGGCACGCCGCUGGCGGCCUCGGUGGCGGCCUCGGCGGCGGCGGCCUCGGCGGCGGCCUCCACUUCGUCUGCUCCUCCGGCGGCAACGCGGGCAUGGCCACGGCGUACGCGGCGCGCAGGCUCGGAGGGCGCUCCACCGUCUUCGUGCCGCGCUCCACCGCAAGCUCCACCAGAGAGCGGCUGCAGGAGGAGGGCGCCUCCGUGCAGGUGGUGGGGGACGCGUGGGACGAGACCAACGUGCACGCGCUGCGCGUGGCGACGGAGGGGGGCGAUGGCUGCUGCUACGUUCACCCCUUCGACGACCCCCUCCUGUGGGAGGGCCACGCCAGCCUGGUGCACGAGCUCAAGGCGACCCUGGCGGCCGGCUCCAAGCCCGGGGCCGUCGUCGUGUCCGUGGGCGGCGGCGGCCUCCUCUGCGGGGUGGUGCGGGGGCUCAGGGAGGUGGGCGGCUGGGGGGACGUGCCCGUCAUCGCCGUCGAGACGGAGGGGGCGCACAGCCUGCACGCCGCGCUGAGCGCGGGGGAGCUCGUCACGCUGCCGGCCAUCACCAGCGUGGCCAAGACCCUGGGUGCGAAGCGCGUGGCCGAGCAGGCGUUUACGCUCGCCCGGGAGCACGUGGUCUUCUCCGAGGUCGUCUCGGACCGUGACGCCAUCGACGCCGUGCAGAGGUUCCUGGACGAUGAGCGGAUGCUCGUGGAGCCGGCGUGCGGAGCCGCUCUGGCCGCCGUCUACUCGGGGGCGGUGCGCCGCCUCGUGGCCGAGGGGCGGCUGGGCCCGCUGCCUGGCCCCGUCGUGGCGGUGGUGUGCGGGGGGAGCGGCGUCACGCUGGGGCAGCUCCGCGAGUGGAGGGAGCAGCUGGGCAUGGGCCCCGAGUGAAUUAAGUAAAACUUAUAUUCUUAGCUCUUUCGGUAAUGUCACGUUGAAGGGAAACAAUAAAAUAUAUUUUAUUGUUUUAUGUGUAUUUUAUUACUUUAUUGUUUCCCUUCAACGUGA